UACAGCACGGAGACAGCUUUGGUCGCAUUGGUGGAUGAUCUCUGGAGGGCCAGGGACAGGGGUUAUUCCUCUGCCCUGGUCCUAUUAGACCUCUCAGCGGCUUUUGAUACCAUCGACCAUGGUAUCUUGCUGCGCCGGCUGGGGGGAUUGGGAGUGGGAGGCACCGUUUAUCGGUGGUUCUCCUCCUAUCUCUCCGACCGGUCGCAGACGGUGUUGACAGGGGGGCAGAGGUCGACCGCGAGGGCCCUCACUUGUGGGGUGCCGCAGGGGUCGAUUCUCUCGCCCCUUCUGUUCAACAUCUACAUGAAGCCGUUGGGUGAGAUCAUCAGUGGCUUUGGGGUGAAGUACCAUCAGUACGCUGAUGACACUCAGCUGUACUUCUCCACCCCAGGUCACCCCAAUGAAGUUGUCGAAGUGCUGUCCCGGUGCUUGGAAGCCGUACGGGUCUGGAUGGGGAGAAACAGGCUCAAGCUCAAUCCCUCCAAGACGGAGUGGCUGUGGAUGCCGGCAUCUCGAUUCAGUCAGCUGCAGCUGCAGCUGACUGUUGGAGGCGAGUUAUUGGCCCCAAAGGAUAGGGUGCGCAACUUAGGUGUCCUCCUGGAUGAUCGGCUGUCGUUUGAAGACCAUUUGACGGCCGUCUCCAGGGGGGCCUUCCACCAGGUUCGCCUGGUUCGGCAGUUGCGCCCCUUCCUUGAUCGAGAUGCCUUGUGCACAGUCACUCAUGCACUCGUUACCUCUCGCUUGGAUUACUGUAAUGCUCUCUACAUGGGGCUCCCCUUAAGGUGCACCCGAAGGCUUCAGCUAGUCCAGAAUGCAGCUGCGCGGGUGAUAGAGGGAGGAUCUCGCACCUCCCACGUAACACCCCUCCUGCGCAGACUGCACUGGCUGCCUGUCGCUUUUCGGGUGCACUUUAAGGUUUUAGUUAUGACCUUUAAAGCGCUCCAUGGCUUAGGGCCUGGGUACUUACGGGACCGCCUACUGUUACCAUAUGCCUCCCACCGACCCGUACGCUCUCACAGAGAGGGACUUCUCAGGGUGCCGUCCGCCAAGCAAUGUCGGCUGGCGGCCCCCAGGGGAAGGUCCUUCUCUGUGGGGGCUCCCACACUCUGGAACGAACUUCCCCCGGGUUUACGCCAAAUACCUGACCUUCGGACCUUUCGCCGCGAACUGAAGACGCAUCUUUUUAUUCGCGCGGGGCUGGCUUAAAUUUUACGGAUUGUAUAGUUUUAUUAUUAAUUUUAAACGGGGUUUUAAUUUCUAUAUAUUUUAAAAUUUUAGGCACAUUAUAAUAAGUUUUUUAAUUUUGCAUUUUAUAGAUUAUUGUCUUGUCUGUUUUUAUUUGCCUGUACACCGCCCUGAGUCCUUCGGGAGAAGGGCGGUAUAAAAAUCAAAUAAAUGAAAUGAAAUGAAAUGAAAUGUAUCCUUGGAGAAACCAGAGUUAUGGUGAUCUUCAAAAAUGUCUGUUCUUUCUCUGUGUGUCUUUUUUUUUUAAAAAAAAAUACAUUCAGAAAUAUGGGUGCAUUGAAUCUUGCACAUAUAGAAGUGUUUGUGCAUGUUAUCUUCAUUCGCACUGAAGCAAGAACAGUGUACUCAUUUUUAAACCUAAUCAAAUUUUUACAGGAGUCAAACAAGUUGUCAGAGAAAAGACGAGAAAGAACAAAGAAAUUAUGAAAAAUAAGUGAAAUGUUUAAGCCAGAGGGUCUGUAUUUUACACAGUGCUGAUACUAUACCACAGCCUCCACAUUAGAACCAGUUUUGAACUGCAGAUUUUAGCAUAUGAAAACUGGUUCUUUAGCAAUAGCACUUAUAUAGCGCUUCAUAACCCUUUCUAAGUGGUUUAGAGUCAGCAUUUGCCCUCAACUAUCUGGGUCCUCAUUUUACCAACCUUGGAUGGAUGGAAGGUUGAGUCAGCCUUCAGCCGAUCAGGAUCAAACUGCUGGCAGUCAGCAGAAUUAGCCUGCAAUACUGCACUGUGCCACCACAGCUGUUUAACAUAAAACGUAUGAAGAUUCCUGAUUUAUGCUGCAGAACCAUUUAUGCCUCCAGAUUUUGAAAGUACCUUAUUCAUUUGACGAUAGUAUCUCUGGUAGUUGGGUGGAUUAUCUACAAUCUAAAGAAGACAUUAAUAGCAUCUUAAUCCAAGGCUAUUUACAAUGG